AUCCUUGUUGGAAAUGGGAAGGCUCCAGUAUGCCGCGUUGGUGGGGACAACAGUGCUCGUGGUAGUGUCACUUGUGUGGAUGAAAGGUUAUCCGUCUACCAUACUGUCACAUACACCCAUUGGAUACAUCGAAACCCAAGCACUUCAGCUCAAUAACACGCUGAGUGUUUUUCCUUACCCGACACUCACGAAAGAAUGCUUUUUAUAUAAUAAGAUAUUUGCUGAGAAUAUAUGCUGCCAGAUGCACGACUUCCACAAGCUACCCGAUAUUUUACAAUGCGUUGAAGAUACUUCUAACUACCUCCGUGCCAUGCAAAGUAAGAACGUGGCAAAGCAGAUCCACAAGAAAUCCUCAGGUGGCAAAGCAAAAGCCGCCCAGCAGCGUAAUCCGAAGGGCAAAGAGCAGCCCAUCGUCAACUGGGCAUUCUUCGGGGACUCCCACACCCGCUACAUAUUCUGCGCCAUCUACAGCCGGAUGAGGAGCAAAGACUUUCAAUGUCGUAUUCCAAAAUUUAAGGGACAGUGGCGCAGUCUCGAUUUCCUGCAGAAAUCCCUUCCGACGUGCACGUAUAAGGGCGGCAAAAUCGAAAUUCGUCACGUGAAGCUGCCUCUUGUUUUGACCUUCUAUCGAGACGUUUACCUGACGGAGAUAAAGAAGUAUGCUGCGAAGUGGGAUGCAGAUGAGCUUCCGAGGCCAACUUUCAUCGUUAUGAAUACGGGCAAUCACUGGAUGCGCCGUUUGGUCUCCAAAUAUGCAAAGAGCGGUGUGCAGGCGGCAGGGAAGGUCUUCGAAAGCCACUUGAGAAGCAUAGAGCCAGUCCUCAGAAGCGUUGCUAACAAAACCACUGUAGUCUUUAAGAUGCAAGAUGAUCUCCAGACGGUGCAUCACAACGUGUCCAAAGUGGUAUCCUUUAGCGCAGAAAACAUCCAAUAUUAUAAUGGCGUCUUCAGACGGGUCUUAGCAGAUACUGGAGUUUUGCUGUGGGACAGCACUUUACCUCUGUCUUUAGCGUACAGCCUGGAGUGCAUGAAAAACCCAAGGCACAAUAAUGAAACUCUGUGGUGGAUGUGUGGCGACAGGACCCACGUGGGUUACAUCCUGCUGCAUCAAUAUGCUGACAUGGUUCUUAAUGUUGCUUGUAACAAAUACAUGACAUUGGAACAAAAUUCGUGUCAUUACAAGGAGUCAGUGAAAUUGUUACAAUAAGAGUUUACAAUUACCCUAAAAUUAAGUGUGCAUUGUGAUAUUUCAGUCAGAUGGAAGCGUCUUUCUUUGUAUUGUUUAUAGAUAACUGAUCUUAACACCAUAAA